AUGGAUUUGCAAUAUCGUCUGGACCAUCUGAUUGAUCAUUGCUAUGAAGGUUGUUCUCGCCUAAGACAAUACCAAGACCAUCACCACCACAACCACAGCGAUAGCAGCUCACUUAAAAUAUCCACGCUUGCUUCACAACAACUCGUUCGUGAUCUCGACCUCGGCAUUCAACGACUCUCCCAAUUGCAACAUGACUUGAAUGAGAAACCUUCUGUUGCAAACGACGCAAUAUGGUCUGAUAGCACGCAUAUGGUAUUAGAGCAAGUAGAGAAGCAGCUUGAGCACGCAUUAAAUGUGCUUUCGGAGGGAAAUUGCAGCAGUAAUGGGCUUGUUCGCAAGGACAUGGCGACGCCCAUGCUGAUCAGCAGCAGCAGUAGUAGCACAGCAUCCACUUGCACCACCUUAUCAACAUCACCUGACUCUUCCAUUCUAUUCAACCAUCAACCCACCGUUGCCCGUGGUGAUGCCGGUAAAGCCUUCCUUGGAACAUCUUUUGGAAAAACGGAUUACGAUCCUUCUUGGACAAAGUCAAAUAAGACAACUACUCCUACACGACAUUUGCGGACACUUUUCAAGGGGUUACGCCGAUCCAACACGACGAAUCCAAUGUUUGAUGAUGAGCUUGUUCCUCAAAUCAAUCUAUGUAACCAUGACAACGAGCAAGGGGAGAGACGCGAGAAUACUUUUGCUUCCGAUGCCAUUGUCAAUCAUCCAUUACGGAUAGGUGUUGGCCAUGGUAGUUACAUUUGUUAUAAUUGCACGGUGCUUAGUGACAAGGGGCCUGCCAUCACUGUACGUAAACGCUAUUCUGACUUUGUUGAAUUGCGUAAAGUCCUCGUGAAGCGUUUCCCACAACUUGGAAAGAGCAUUCCUAAAUUACCUCCAAAGAGGAUAUGUGGCAAUUUUUCGCCUGCUUUUGUGGAACAACGACGUCGCGACCUUGAAUACUUUUUCAAGUAUAUCGUUCUUCAUCCGAGUCUCGGUAAAUCUCCCAUUGUGAUGCACUGGAUUGCACCCUAA